GGGGUGGGGCUGCAGUGUGUCUGUGGGUGUUUGCUAGGAACCUGUCUGCUUGUUGCAUUGUGGAGUGUGGAGCAUUGGGGUGUGGGUCUGGGCUCUGUGUGUGUGUGUGUGUGUGUGUCCCCGAGCAGCACAGAGGGGUAUGGCGCCCUCGCCGGGAGCUGGGCACGCCGGCUGGGGCGAGGCAGGCGUGACCCCGGUGACCUGCGGCUCGCCUGCCUGGCACGGGGCCGGGCGUGUGUCCCCCCGGCCGGCCUGUCUCUGAGGCCAGAGACGUGGGGCUGGCGCGGCAGGGCCCCGGGGCGCGCGUGGGAGGUGACGCUUUCCUGUUUGCCAGCGAGGGGGGAAGCGAAAGCUGCAACUGCUGUUCUCUGAGCUCCCGCGGUGCCAUGGCCUGGCCCGGCGGCUUCCUGCUCGUGGCCCUGCUCCUCGGCCACUGCCUGGACACCGGGACCAGCAAGGCAGGGCUGAAGCUCUGGGCCGAGGACCCCAUGGCCCUGGGGUCCCCCCUGCAGCUUCACUGCAAGUUCCUGGGCCAGGAGCACAUCACCCUGGUGAGCUGGUGGCGCUGGGGGCAGAACCGGAGCCGUGAGGACCUGGCCGUGAUGCACCCCACGCACGGGGCCCACGUGCUCCCCGCGGUCCAGGGCCGCCUGUGGGUCACCAACGUGUCCGACGACAGGCAGGUGGGACUCACGGUGCCCAGCCUGGACCUUCAGCACAACGGCACCCGUUACUGCUGCAAGUUCUCCACCUUCCCCUCGGGCGUGUCGGAGCAGUGCCUCCCGGUCCUGGUCCCGGAGCCCGCCGCUGACCCCUCCCCGGCCCCCCACUCCUUGGGCCGCGCCUUCCUGCGCGCCGACGUGCUGGGGACCCUGGGGGCCGCGGGCGUCUUCCUGCUGGGGAGCGUCCUGCUGCUGGGGUACCUCCUGCGGGAGUGGACAAGGAGGCGGAGGAAGCUGAAGGGCUCUCAUCCCCACCCCGGCCUGUCCAGCUCUCAGGAGACCCCCAUGGCUCUGUGGGUGCAGCAGGGGCUGCCGGGCCAGCACAACUCUUUCUCCACCCCCUACGUGCUCAUCAACUUGGACUACUUCACCCCCCAGCCCAGCGCAAGAGCCCACGGGGGCCCCUUGCCCCCCCCACUGCCCCCCCAGCCUGGCCGGGACACGGGUCAGGGCCCGGGGCAGAGCAGGGCCACACGCUGGGUGCAGGGGCAUGAGGAGCAGUGCCCGGGCCGCCGUCACAGGACCUGACACUGGCUUCCUUCCCCUCGGGACUCGGCCCACCGCAAAGCUUGAGGGACCGUCCCCUGCUCUGCGAAGACAGGACGCUGUCCACCCCGCGUGCCACGCGCGGGACCCCACGGCUGGAGCUGACCCCUCCUGGUGCCGCCCGCCCCGGAGCCAUUGUGACAGGAUGGGAAUUUUCUGUAACGUUUUCUAUGAAGACUGUGUGUGCCUCAGUUUCCCCUAUACUGGGGUUGGAAAAGGGGCUCGCUCUCGAGCUGGGCCCGACACAGGGAACCGGCGCCUGGCUGUCUCGGGUCUCUGGAGACAAUGGCAAAGCCAGUCACCGGGACAUUUGGUACCUAGCACCAAGCGGCCACGAAUGGCCCCCGCCCGCAGGGAGCCGGCCGGGUGGGCGCAGCCGGAGAGCCGAGAACUGAGCCUGGCCGGGCUCUGGGUAACCCAGACGGGCUGGGCUGAACCUCUCUGUUCCCCACAGAUAAACCGCUUGGGGGGGAAGAACCGGUCUCUGCGAGCCCCCCCGCCCCGUUCCUGUAGGUCCUACAGAGAAACAGACUGCUUGAUCCGCUCUCUUGGCCGGGGGGCGGGUGCUUUAUUCGGUAAUAAACCCGGCUGGUCCGACA